AUGACUGACAAUAAGAAUAGUAAACGACGUAUUUUUAUACGAGAACAUGUAUAUAAACGAGAUAAUUAUUUAGAUGAAGUUGAAUUUGAAUUUAUUGAUGACUUUGAAUCUAAUUCAUCUAUUGAACAAAAUUAUAGUUUAUGGUUAAGACGAGAUCAUUAUAUGAAAACAAUUUUACGACGAUAUGGUUAUAGUGAAAAUAAAAUGCCAACAUUUGAAGAAUAUAUUGAUACAAUACGAUCAUUGAUUGUUGGACAUUGUUGUUCUGAAUAUGAUCUUCGUCGAGCAUUUCAUAUAUUUGAUCUUGAUCAAAAUGGUAUUAUUGAAUUACAUGAAUUUUAUCAAUUCAUAAGUAUUAUUGGAAGAUCAACAACAGAAGAUAAAAUAUCAAAUUUUAUUGAACGUAUUAAUAUAUCCGAUGAUAGAAAUUUGAAUUAUGAACAAUUUAAACAAUUUGUUAGACUUGGACAUGGAAGAGAAAUGCUUGUUAAUGUUAGUUUCGAUAAACAAACAUUUAGUGAAGAUGAAAUUACCGACGAACUUGCAGAACUUAACAUUAAUCCACAUGAUUCGAUUAAUUUUAUAAAAAGAUCAAUUAAAAAAUCAGAUAAUAAACAAGAACAACUAAUGGCAUCAAAUAUUGAUGAUAAAAAAGUUGAUCUAAAUGGGCCAGGUGAAAUGGGUAAACCAGUUGAAAUUGAUAAAACUAAAUUAUCACCAUAUGAACUUAUAAAAUAUGAAAAUGGCUUUGAAAAACAUGCAUUUAAUGUAUAUGCUAGUGAUUUAAUAUCAUAUCAUCGUAGUUUACCUGAUGUACGUGAUCCAGAUUGUCAAAAACUUCAACAUGAACCUAUAUCAUUAACAGCAAGUAUUAUUAUGUGUUUUCAUAAUGAAGCAUGGUCAGUAUUAUUAAGAUCAAUACAUUCAGUUAUUAAUCGUAGUCCUUCACAUUUACUAAAAGAAAUUAUUCUUGUUGAUGACUUUUCUGAUAUGGAACAUCUAAAGGAACCAUUGGAUAAGUAUAUAAAGCAUCUUAAAAUAGUUUCAAUAGUUCGACAAAAACAACGAGAAGGUUUGAUACGUUCACGUUUAGCAGGUGCUGCUAUUGCAAAAGGGGAUGUUAUUAUUUUUCUUGAUUCACAUAUUGAAGCUACAGAAGGUUGGCUUGAGCCUUUACUUGGUCCAAUAUUACAAAAUCGUACAUUUGUUGUAACACCUGUUAUUGACACUAUUGAUGAAGAUACAUUGCAAUAUAAUUUUGUUGUCCUUGAUGCAAUAAGCACUGGUGGUUUUGAUUGGAACUUAGAAUUUAAUUGGUACUCUAUAUCCGACCGAGAACGAGAAAGAAGAAAACAUCAUUUAGAACCAAUACGAACACCAACUAUGGCUGGAGGACUUUUUGCUAUUAGUAAAAGUUAUUUUUAUGAAUUGGGAUCUUAUUUCUGUGUUGAUGCAAAUACUGAUCCCAAACAUUUCAAUGAGCCAGUAAUUAGUUAUCCAUGUCAUAAUGAAGGUGGUAAUCAAUUUUUUAUGUUAACCAAAAUAGGUGAAAUUCGUCGAGAUCAUGGAUGUUUAGAAUAUAAUGGUGGAAUAGCAGAUAUUAAUAAAGAUGAUAAAGUUCUUGUUUUCUCAUGUCAUGGCGAAAAAGGAAAUCAAUAUUGGAUUUAUAAUGAGAACAAUCAAAUAUACCAUCCAGCAUCGAAUUCAUGUAUGACAUUAUCUAAUGAUAGCGAACAUAUUCAAAUGCAAGUAUGCGAUCUUAGUAAUGCAGCUCAAAAAUGGUCAUGGACUCAACGAUUACUUAAUGAAACGAACAAUACUUAA